AAACAAAACAUUCAAACGUCAGGGCAUCUACCUCCAUGGUCAGGGUGAACCAUUCUCGCUAUUAGCCACAGUCGGGGACGAGUAUGCCACAGUGUCACCUGCUUCUCUCGGCUGCACUUUUUGUGUGCUUCAGUUUGCACAGCGGCAGUAAAGCAAAUAAACCAGUGAUGUAUUCUGGUGAGGACUCAGGCUAGAAUGUAACAUAUUGAGCCAGCUUUUUCAAUUUCUCUGAACCGUUGGAAUCGCAGUUGAAUUUGAAUAUCUUUGCUUCGUGCACGCGCGCGCUGUGAUCAAAGUUUUAAGUUCUUCCCCAAGACGGUGAUGAAGACAGUGAAGGCACUGGUAGUUUCUUAGAUCGCAGAACACCAGACAAUUUCUUUAUAUCCGGUGGAACUAGAUUAACCCUGUGGUGUUAGAGCGUGGGUGCACCCUGUAGCGCUUCGGAGAGGCCUGGUGUUGUUUCACUAUAAGAGGGCCCCAGUGGUUUACUUCCAAAUUAGUCCGUCUCGUCUUCCUGUCCGUAGAGAUAGAUAAACCCCAAGACGCCAUGGGAGACUCCUUCCAGAACUUCUUGAAGCAGCUCGGUGAGAAUAUCUCAGAGGAGGAGUUGACUGCCCUAGCGGCUGCCUGUCAAGACGUCAUACCUAACGAGGAGAGGGAACGUAUACAUAAACAGAGGGAGUUGUUCGACUACAUGGAGAAAAUCGGCAAGCUCGGUUGUGAUAACUUAUCCUACCUUGAGCACGCCUUGGAGAAGAUCUGCCGGCCGGACCUAGUGACGCAAAUCUUGGAAUAUAAACAGUCUCUACCAACCAAAGAUGACCAAAAUAAAGAAAUAUCCGGCCCUGCCAGGAAGUACAAAGCUAUGAAUAACGAGGCAGGUCAAGUUCCUGAAGACAUCAUAUCGGGGUUAACCAAACUGGAGCUAGCUCCGCCUCCAACACAUAAAAAGAAGGAUGCAAGAUGAUGUGAUGAAACAGCGCCCUCAUGCGUCGUGAAGUUUGGAUUGAACUUAUUGUCAACAUUAUUUAAAUCUGUUUAAGAAAAAUUAAUGGUGUUUCUCUAGAGUGCUGUUAACUGGUUCCGGAAAUUCAGAUAGAGAAACAAAGACCAAGAAGAACACCAAAGCGGUUUGGGUUGGAAAAAGGGCGUAGUUUUUAGAUGAAAAUAUUAUAUUAUGUUCAAAAUUGUUAAUGAAGCUGCAUUCUUUGUCUUAUAGACGUAGCUAUAAAACGUCGUUAACUUAAAUAACAAUUGAAACCCACUGGGAAAACUUUUAUGUGGGCAGACGUUUCUGCACAGCACAGUGUCUGUUUUAUUAACACUGUUCACAAGGAAACCAAAGCCACGCUUACCUAUCAGCGGUUAAUGAUGAAUGAAGUAGCAUUGCAAGCCAAUAUUCUUAUUUUAACAAAAAUCAUCCAAACUCGAGGACCAAUCUUAUUAACAUACACACGCCUUGUAAAUGAUACAAUUUUAAAUUGUUUAUCAAACUAUAGUCUCUUGAUGCAACACGUUAUUUUGAUCUUUUGUGGGUUCUGGAUUUUGCUUGUCCUGAUUAGAAGAGAACUAGGCUACGCAGGAAAGGUGUUCAUUAGUGUUAGUCAAAAAUAAUUGAGUGAUCGGUAAACUUAUAACAUUGUGACGUAUUUCACCGAGUGCCUGGCUGAUUGUGUACGAAUUAGCGGCUACAGCUCUGGCUACGGCUCAUAGAUCCUUGUCAUCUUGCGUUGGAUGCUUUGAAUAGUACCCUAAGCCAAAGUCGAAGGACCGUUACCCAUACCGUAGCCACUAAAUAUGGAUACGUCCACAAGUCAGCCCAGUCUCUGACGCUGAUGGGCUUAGCUUGCAUUAUUCACCGGGCGACAAGAUGAUUGCGUGGGCGUAUGAAGUGUUUAUUGGUGGAAUUUUAAACGCAAGAAAGUUCUAAGAGCUAGAAAAUUCAUAUUGAAUUGUUAUUGUAAAAUUUAAAAUGAUUAAAAAUUUCCAUACAUUUAUUGUUAUUGUGGUGUAGGGUCGACUGCAUGAAAAUGAAGUCGGGCUCAUUAUGCCAAACUUAACUUUUGUUCAUAGUAAGCUAUCUUUAAAAACAAUGCACAAUCUUGUAUAGUUCGUAUAUGAAGUAAAUCCACUGUAAUGUUAUGUAACCUAUCAAGUUGUAAAACUGAGGAAAUAUAAUUAGCUGUUGCAAACUGCUUACCAAACAAAAGGACCUAUGGCACGGUAAAAAUGCAAAAAAAAUAGUU